AUCAGAGACUCAUGUGUUUAUGAGAGCGGUGAGACGCGAAAACCUCAACGCGCUCAUUUAAAGUUGACUGUGGGCGUAGUGUUGUGGGCUAGUCCCGCGUCGCAGAGGGGAUGUGGGUGACCUUCACAUAAUACUAGAAGAUGUGAUUUUAUUUCUGUUCAUAUGAAUGAAGUCAGACACGUCGACGGACAGCAACAGUGGAAAUGUUUGAUGGCUUUUUGUAGUCAGGAUAUUAAGCUGUUUCUUAAGGAGGAAGGUCAUUUAAGAGAGAAAGUGGAAGUGUUUUAUCCAUUUGAAGAUCUCAACAGGAAAUCUCAGUAUCAGUCAAGACAGGAGCCUCUGCACAUUUAUCAGGGAAUCUGUCUACUUGGCCUGUUAAACCUAUAAGCUUUCCAUACAGACAAAAGGAGUCACUAUCAGUGUUUUAAACAUGGCAGCAGAUCUGGCUUUACUCACUGUUCUCGUCCAGCUUCUUGUUGAUUUGGUGACAAGUGACAGCAUUGACUUCUACAAUAUCAUGCCUGCUGUAGAAGCCACCCCGUACCCCAAGAGUUUCAAGUGCUUCACAUGUGAACAGGCCUUAGACAACUACAGCUGUAACCGCUGGGCAGAAGAUGUGUGGUGUCCUCAAAAUACUCAAUUUUGUAUGACAAUACACCACUUCAACCAUCAUGGAAAGACAAAAUUUGUUACCAAAAGAUGUGCUGUGCGUGAAGAAUGCCAGUUAGCUGGCUGUAGACAUCACAAAAAUACACACCAUGAGUGCAUAUCUUGCUGUGAAGGGAUGGUUUGUAACGUAGAGCUGCCGACCAAUCACAGUAAUGCAGUGUUUAGACAAACCAGCAGCUCAGCAGCAGCCACUUUCAAAAUCUGGGAUUGUGUGAUCCUGCUGGUCCCAGUUCUCAUAGGAAUGCUACCAUUGUGAUCCUCAAUCAUAAGAACCUGUUCGGUGAUGAACAGCACUGCAAAUCAUUGAGACAAAGAAGACAUCAUCCACACUGGAAUAUUAAUACAGUCAGAUGGAUGUUUUCAUUAAGGCCACAGUAAUAUUGUGCAGGAGUAAGCUAGCAUUCCCAUUCAUCUCAGUGGCAGGAUGUUGCAGGAUUCCCUGUAAGAAUGUGAUUUUUCAUCUUUGCUGAUGGGCUCACAGAUGUUCUCAUGACUGAUCAGUGACUAAUCAGCCUGGAGCCGCAAGAAAAAUUACAUCAUGGCUUGGCUGACUGGUUAAUGCACCACAAGAAGAAGAAGAUCUCUCACUAGUGACUGUCUGGACUCUGGAGCUGUAAUAUAAGUCAAUUUCACACUUGGAGGCUCCCUUCAAAAACAGUUGGACACUGAACGAUCUACAAUAAUAUAAUUAAAUAUUUGUGACUUAAACAUUGCUUGCAAAUUAUUUUAUUCUUUUAGAAAACACAAUGAAUUGGAGUGGAGAAGGAUGCAUUUUGCAGCCAAAUGGUGUAAUGCAAAUCAGCAAAACCAUAUCUUCAUUUUUCAGCGAGGAGACGGCCAGUCGGCCAGUGGUGGAGGAACUGUGUGCACAGGAAGUUGCUGUGUCAGGAAGGUCUGUCAGUGGAGUAGUAUCGCUUGUGAUGACUGCUUACUAAUGACGUGCUAAAUAGGACAGAGAACCAGAUGGGUUGCAAAACAGCAUUUAGCAACUAAAGCAGUGGAAUUAACUUAUGCUGCCUCACUGGAUUUGUAUUGAGCAAAUUGAGGCUCACACACUGAGCAUUAGAAGUCUCUAUGUGGGAUGUUCCUGUGGCUCUGGUCCCAGAUACUGUCACACAGGCCGAGCACAGCAAUGAGAGGAACGCAGGAUGUGUUGUUCUAGUUUUCUAAAUGGUGUGAAUGUCUCUAAAAGAGAUCUGGAUUGCUGCAUAAAUAUCAGUGCUUUAAGAAGGUGGACCUGCAUCACGUAAAAGCACUGAUUAAUUAAAAUUAAGUAUAUUUUGAAUUAUUCUGGCUUGACUAUUGCAAAUGCUGUCAUGUUUUACUGUCCCAAAAAUCAAUAGAAAUAAAAACA